GCCACAGCAGCCGCCUCCGGGAGCGUCGGAGGAGUCGCUGGUCGCCGCCGCGGGCCGGAGCCGCCGGACGAGGCCCGGGGAGCCGCUCGCGCUGACCCCGCCGCCCGAUGUCCUCAAGAUGGAGGCAGCGGGGGCGGCGACAUGAAGAGAGCGGCGCUGUGGGCGCGGGAGCGGGGGCCCGGGCGGCCCGGGCGGAGGCGGUGCCGGGAUGGGGCUGCUGCUCAUGAUUCUGGCGUCGGCCGUGCUGGGCUCCUUACUCACGCUGCUCACCCAGUUCUUGCUGCUGUACCGCAGACAGCCCGAGCCGCCGCCGGACGAGGCGGCCCGCGCGCGCGACGGCUUCCGCUACAUCAAGCCGGUGCCGGGCCUGUCGCUGCGGGAGUACCUUUAUGGCGGCGGCGGGGCUGAGGAGCCCUCCGGCGGGUCCCCCGAGGGCGGCGCGACCCCGGCCCCCGAGACCCCCGCCCCGCCGACGCGGGAGACCUGCUACUUCCUCAACGCCACCAUCCUGUUCCUGUUCCGGGAGCUGCGGGACACCGCGCUGGCCCGCCGCUGGGUCACCAAGAAGAUCAAGGUGGAGUUCGAGGAGCUGCUGCAGACCAAGACGGCCGGGCGCCUGCUGGAGGGGCUGAGCCUGCGGGACGUUUUCCUGGGCGAUACCGUGCCCUUCAUCAAGACCAUCCGGCUCCUGCGGCCGGUGGUGCCCUCGGCCGGCGAAGAGCCGGACGGCCCGGAGGGGGAGGUGCUGCCCGCCGCCUCCCCCGAGGAGCUGGCCUUCGAGGCGGAGGUGGAGUACAACGGGGGCUUCCACCUGGCCAUCGACGUGAACCUGGUCUUCGGCAAGUCGGCCUACCUGUUCGUCAAGCUGUCCCGCGUGGUGGGGAGGCUGCGCUUCGUCUUCACUCGCGUGCCCUUCACCCACUGGUUCUUCUCCUUCGUGGAGGACCCGCUGAUCGACUUCGAGGUGCGCUCCCAGUUUGAAGGGCGGCCUAUGCCCCAGCUCACCUCCAUCAUCGUCAACCAGCUCAAGAAGAUCAUCAAGCGCAAGCACACUCUGCCGAGUUACAAGAUCAGGUUUAAGCCAUUUUUUCCAUUCCAAACCUUGCAAGGAUUUGAAGAAGAUGAAGACGAGCACAUCCACAUACAACAGUGGGCACUUACUGAAGGCCGUCUCAAAGUGACGUUAUUAGAAUGUAGCAGGUUACUCAUUUUUGGAUCCUAUGACAGAGAGGCAAAUAUUCACUGUACACUUGAGUUGAGCAGUGGUGUUUGGGAAGAAAAACAGAGGAGUUCUAUUAAGACGGUUGAAUUAAUAAAGGGGAAUUUACAGAGCGUCGGACUUACGCUGCGUCUUGUCCAGUCAUCUGACGGGUAUGCUGGGCAUGUCAUAAUUGAGACGGUGGCCCCAAACUCACCUGCUGCGCUUGCAGAUCUUCAGCGGGGAGACCGACUGAUUGCUAUUGGAGGUGUGAAGAUCACGUCUACCCUGCAAGUGUUGAAGCUGAUCAAGCAGGCCGGCGACCGAGUCCUGGUCUACUACGAGAGGCCCGUCGGCCAGGGCGCCGCGCUGCAGGACCACCUCGGACAGCUGGAAGAGCCCUUCCUGUCGGCCCCGUGCCACCCCAGCUACGAGGAGGAGGCACCCGCGCUGGCAGUGGACGCUGACAACAGAGAUUUGGACUCUGAAUUUGAAGACCUGGCAGGUGAUGUCCGAGCACAGACUGAGCUCAAAGAUGAGGUGCCGCCAUCAAGUCACAGUCCCAAACGUACCCCAACAACACUUUCUGUUAAACCCCUUGGAACAAUAUCACCAGUUUUGAACCGUAAACUAGCUGUAGGAAGUCAUCCGCCCCCACCAAAACCCCCUCCAUGCAAAGAAGGAAAUAAACCCUUGGCCCCGAAAGCCUCUGAGAUAGCAGACCAGACGCAAGUGUCAAAACCCACCCAAGGAUCCACUUUCAAACCGCCCGUGCCACCACGACCACAAACGAAAGUCCCUUUGCCUUCCGCCGACACCCCAAACCAGACAGAACCAGAUGUUCCUGCCGAGAAGCCAGAAAAGGUGCUGCCUCCCCCUCCUGCAGAGAAACCUGCUGAAAAGCAAGCAAAGAGUACGGAACACACAGAAGACGUGGCCGCAUCAAAGCAGCUCUUAGCCAAGCAGGAAGUGGUGAGAGAGUUUCCUUCAGAGAGUUCCUGCCCUCCUAAGGACAGCUCAGAUGACCCUCAGACGUGGGAGUCGUCAGAAAUUCCUUACCGUAAUAAGCUAGGAAAGUGGACAAGAAGCAGAGCUACCUGUGUCUUUGACAUUGAGGCCUGCCACAGGUACCUAAACGUGGCCCUGUGGUGCAGAGAUCCCUUCAAGUUAGGGGGUCUUAUCUGUCUGGGGCAUGUUAGCCUAAAACUUGAAGAGGUGGCCCUAGGAUGCCUGGCGACGUCCAACAUGGAAUAUUUGUCCAAGUUCCGACUGGAGGCCCCCUCGCCGAGGGCGAUGGUGUCAAGAACUGCACUGCGCAAUCUGAGCGUGCAGAAGGGAUUCAACGACAAAUUUUGCUUUGGUGACAUUACGAUUCACUUCAAAUACUUGAAAGAAGGCGAACCAGACCACCCUACAGUCACCACCUUAGAGAAAGAGAAAGAGCUCCAUCUGGUCGAAGAGGUGCCUCCUCUACCUAAGGAGGAGCAUUUCGUUGGGCAGGUGGGUCCAACAGAAAACAAACAUAGUUUCCAGGAUACUCAGUUCCAGAACCCAACCUGGUGUGAUUACUGUAAGAAAAAAGUGUGGACUAAAGCUGCUUCCCAGUGUAUGUUCUGUGCUUACGUCUGCCAUAAAAAAUGCCAGGAAAAGUGUCUGGCUGAGACCCCUCUCUGCGGGACAGCCGACAGGCGGAUAGACCGGACCCUGAAAAACCUCAGGCUGGAGGGACAGGAUACCUUCUUAGGCCUGCCUCCUCGUGUCGAUGCGGAAGCUGGCAAGUCCGUCAAUAAAACCACGGGUUUGACAAGACACAUCAUCAAUACGAGCUCUCGUUUGUUGAACCUGCGCCAGGUGUCUAAAGCUCGCCUUUCUGAACCAGGAACUGAUCUGGUGGAGCCUUCACCAAAACAAACACCCAACACAUCAGACAACGAAGGCAGUGACACAGAGGUGUGUGGUCCAAACAGUCCUUCGAAGCGGGGCAGCAGCACAGGAAUAAAGCUGGUGCGAAAGGAGGGUGGUCUGGACGACAGCGUUUUCAUUGCAGUCAAAGAAAUCGGCCGCGACCUGUACAGGGGUUUGCCGACGGAGGAGAGGAUCCAGAAGCUGGAGUUCAUGCUGGAUAAACUGCAGAAUGAAAUUGACCAGGAGCUGGAACACAACAAUUCCCUUGUUAGGGAAGAGAAGGAAAUCACCGACACAAGGAAAAAAUCACUUCUUUCUGCUGCUCUGGCUAAGUCAGGUGAAAGACUACAGGCUCUGACGCUUCUCAUGAUCCACUACCGAGCAGGCAUUGAAGACCUGGAAUCUUUAGAAAGUCUGUCUUUAGACCAGCCCUCCAAAAAAAUAAGCAAGUACGCAGAUGAUACAGAAGAAGAUCUUGAUAAUGAAAUCACCCAGCUGAUCGACUCCCAGCCAUUCAGCAGCAUAUCCGAGGACUUGUUCGGCCCGUCUGAGUCUGUUUAACAGCCGGCCUUCGGAAACUCUCGAGUGAUUGGGGGAAAGUUGCAUCUAAAGUACCACAGAUAAACCACGUUCUGAACUCUCUGAUAAUGCACUUCGGCCCGCUUCUCCACAGUCAUUUGCUUGUGUAGGAACAAAGGUGAAAAAGGUGGUGGUUUUCCAGCAGAAACAUGACCAGCUCACAAAAAUGGUUGUUUUGGAUUGCGUUUAUAGCUAUGCUUUUUUGGGUUUAUACUGGUAAUUUAUUUUUACUAAUUUAUUUUUAACUUUUUCUAAUUAUGUAAUUAUGUAAGCUAACUUUUCAUGUUUAUGUAUGUGUGAUGCCCCUUUGCGUGAUUUCCCUUCAUCUUAGUUUUUGAAUUCACGUUCUAUAGGAUGCUGUCCAAAUUCCGAAACCAUUUUCAUUUCCAUCACGGUUAUAACAAGUUUGCUGCAUGCCCACAUUGACAACGGCAAUCACUGAGGGAACAGGUUUUGAAUCUUUGUGUUAGGAAGUUUGUCAUCUCUACUUGCUUGAGAUUUUUGUUGUUUUGGGGCUUAGGGGGUGGUUUUUUUGUUUCUGCCAAAUGUAACAUAAAAGCAGAUGCCGCGGCUUUAGUCAGUUACACUGAUUUACUAAAAACAAACAAACAAAAAAUCCCGUAUAUUGCUUGCUUUCUAUCUUGUGAAUUUUUUUCUAGUUUUUGUGCAGUUUUAGUGAGAAUAUAGUUCUUAAUUUGAAGAGGUUGCAUUGAAAAGCAAAAUGUAAUAGGGAAUAAAGAAGGCAGUUGGGCAAGAAUUUUUUAGCGAAGACAAGGUCACUAAAAAAACAGUAACUGGUAGGAUUUUGAAAUCUAAUCUUUUGAAAGGUUGAUGCUUUCUCCUUUUAAAUGGAAGUCCUGAACAUUUAUGAUUUUUUUUUCCAUCUUUCGUCCUCCUGUGGGAAAUAAAGCAUGCCCAGGAUAAAGUUUCAGAGGACUGUCCUUAAAAUGACCAUGUCGAUAACCGAGUUUGGUUGUUUUGUUUUAGAAACCUUCUCGUGCGGGAGGAUGUGAAGGAGAGGAAUCGUGCAAAAUAGAUUUAUCGCUCCUCUGACCUGCAGGUUAAAGGAGCAGUGAUUCUUCUGGGUGCUUCUGCAGCACAGACUGUCUUCAUCCAUUUAAAAAAUGAAGAUAAGUAAAAAUUAACAGUACAGUAGAGACUUGGGGUCAGUUCUCUGAUGACAAAGAUCCAUUCGGAUACUCGGUCCAUCUUGUAACAGGAGGGCGUGACUUCUGUCGGUUUCUACACAAGUUCUGGCCUUUCAGAGGUCUGUCUUCCUUUUGUAAGUAAUACUAGGCUAAUGAUAAAUGGUAGAAACUGACAUGAUCUUUGAAACCAGAUGGGACAGUUUUUGGCAGCAUCGUGUAAUAGGAAGGGUCCAGGUCUCCAGCCCUGGGACUCCGGAGGAGAGUUUAAGUUCAAACUCCCCCACCGGCCAUUAAUGCACUGUGUAAGCACGAGAGGGUUCUGGGCCACAGUCUCCCCAGCUCUGAAGUAGGAACAAACAACACUUUAACUACCUCGCAGGAUCGUUGUGAGGGGGAAAAACAGAAGUGCAAAAGUGCUCUGAAGAGUAAAAAGCUAUUCAAGAAAAAGUAGGACUCUCUCUCAUGGAGGACAGACACUUUUGAGGGUAGAAAAGUUAUUCCAUUUUUAAAAUCAAUGGCCAUUUCUCAUUCUUGCUGUCUUUUAUUAAGCAAAAUAUUAGGAAAUCCCUUUAUUGGCCAAGUUUAUAGGACAAGAAUCUGUGUAUCCCAUUUUUUGUUUGGUUAAGCUUGCUUGCAUUUUAAAAGAACCCUGCUGUAGAAGUCUUCAUACACCAGCUUCUCUUGUGCCUGAAUCGCGAGUCCCAGAGACCUCCAAGGAGCCUGCACCUAUGCAAAUACAAAAGGGUCUUUAUUACAAGC